ACAGUGUGUUAACUGCCUUGUUCAGGGGCAGAACGACAGAUUUUUGCCUUGUCAGCUCAGGGAUUCAAUCUUGCAACCUUACGUUUAACUAGUCCAACGCUCUAACCACCUGCGUCACGAGGAGCCCGCCAGUUACGCGAAUGCAGUAAGAAGCCAAGGACUUUUAUGAAUACCGGUAAGCAGCAGAAGCCAGUGCUAACAGGCCAGCGGUUCAAGACCAGGAAAAGGGAUGAAAAGGAGAAGUUUGAGCCCACAGUUUUCAGAGACACAAUUGUUCUGGGCCUCAACGAAGCAAGAGGAGACCUCGAUGCUGUAGCUAAGUUCUUGGACGUUACCGGUUCCCGACUCGACUACCGUCGCUAUGCCGACACCCUCUUCGACAUCCUCAUCGCUGGGAGCAUGCUCGCUCCCGGUGGUACGCGUAUUGAUGAGGGGGACAAGGCCAAGGUGACGGAACAUUGUGUGUUUACCACCGAGGAGAACCAUGCUAACCUCCGCCGCUAUGCUCAGGUUUUUAACAAGCUUAUCAGGAGGUACAAGUACCUGCAGAAUGCCUUUGAGGAGGAAAUCAAAAAGCUUUUGCUGUUCCUGAAGGCAUUCAGUGAAUCAGAGCAAACCAAACUGGCUAUGUUGACUGGUAUCCUAUUGGCUAAUGGCACUCUGCCCCCGCCCAUCCUCACCAGCCUCUUCAGCGACAAUGUUGUCAAGGAAGGUAUCUCUGCGUCCUUUGCGGUGAAACUGUUCAAGGCAUGGAUAUCUGAGAAAGAUGCCAAUGCAGUCACCUCAGCCCUGAGGAAGGCUAACCUGGAUAAGAAACUCCUGGAGCUGUUUCCUGCCAGCAAGCAGAACGUGGAGCAUUUCUCCAAGUACUUCAAUGAGGCGGGGCUAAAGGAACUGUCAGACUUCAUGCGUGUGCAGCAGUCUCAGGGAACACGCAAGGAGCUACAGAAAGAACUGCAGGAGCGCCUCUCUCAGGACUGCCCCAUACGAGAGAUGGUGGUGUAUGUGAAGGAGGAGAUGAAGAGGAGUGCUCUCCAGGAGCAAGCUGUGAUUGGUCUGCUGUGGAACAUUCUCAUGAAUGCUGUGGAGUGGAACAAGAAGGAGGAGUUGGUCACCGAGCAAGCCCUCAAACACCUUAAACAUUAUGCCCCCCUGCUAGCAGCGUUCAGCACCCAGGGCCAGUCAGAGCUGGUGCUGCUACUGAGGAUCCAGGAGUACUGCUAUGACAAUAUCCACUUCAUGAAGUCCUUCUCCAAGAUAGUGGUGCUCUUCUACAAAGCUGACGUUUUGAGUGAGGAGGCCAUUCUGAGGUGGUACAAAGACACUCACACCACCAAAGGGAAAGGUGUCUUUGUCGAGCAGAUGAAGAAGUUUGUUGAGUGGCUGCGAAAUGCAGAAGAAGAGUCUGAGUCUGAGGGAGAGGAGGACUAGAAGACCGACUCAGCAAGGAGUUUGUCUGUAACUCUGAAGUCUGCUGCAUCCUGUGGCCUGUAUGUCAGUCAGUCCCCAUGUUGCAUAGUACGUGUUUCAGCUUGUCUUUAAAGCAUUCAUGCUACCUAUUUUUUGAAGAUUUGCUAGGCUUUAUCAUAUUAGUGGGGUUCCUGAGACAUUCAAGAUAAGGCAUUGUGAGAAGUAUGAGAACGUGUGCAACAUUACUACAUUAAAGACUACCUGGAACGCACCUAUCCAUAAUGUUCGACCAACCAGGGGUCAGACUCCUCAACCUCCUGCUCCAGGCAAUCAAAGCACAACCCCCAGCAAUAAACCCCUGGACCUCCCGACUCAACUUCACGAGGACAGGAGACUAGCUUGCCAAUCUCUGAUAUUUUGAAUUAAAGCUUGGGCCUUUAAUACAGACUCCCUUCACUAAUGGUGUUCAGGCAUAGAGGAAGUCCAGACCUCAAUCUGCAGUAGAUUGUCAUACUUGUUUUAUGGAUACUCAACUUUGUAUGUAACUUGGCAAUGCUUUUAUCUUUUUAUGAAUAAAGUGUUUUUAUAUGUA